AUGGGAAAGAAUACCGACCCUACGAUGGGUGGUCUAGAUGCAUUGGUAGCGGCGGCUUCGUCAGUCGCAGGACAAGGGAAGAAGCGAGCAGGAAACAGGAAUGUGUCGAUGGAUAUGAUAGAUCCUGCUUUGCAGAACGAGACUGCAACGGACGUAGCAGAUGCCAUGUCGGUAUUCUUAUCGAAUCCAGCUGUUGUCCAAUUAAUAGCGGAAUACAAUGCGAAAAAACAACAUCGUCAAGUUUCCUUAUACGCCCAAUUGUUAUCUGGUUCUAACAUCCCUGAUACACCCGCACAACAAACCAGAUCAGGUAGAAUCUCAAGACCACCUCAGCAGCAACCUUCCUCUUCAUCUUCCACUACUAUCCAGAACGAUCAACAAAAUCAACUACAAGCUAUCAAAGAUGCUUUAGAAAACGUCUCUUCUAUCAACGAUCCCAAUCAAAGUGCUAGCACUAUAACAGAUUCAGCAAAUUACGAUGCUCUAUUUCAAGCUGUCAACAAUAACAACACUAACGAUUCGUCAAGUAACAGCUCAAGAUUCUGGAGGAAUGAUGGUUUAUUGAGUGGUUUACCCAAUUGGACAGGACUAGAAGCCAAUACUCUUGCUCAGGCCGUAGCCUCGACAGAUCCAUCAUCAUCAUCGUCAUUCGGUCAAUCCCAGAGAUCUUUAGGUCACGGUUUGCCAAAUGGGAAACCCAUCAGUGGGAGUAGCAGUAGGAAGAGAAGUGCCUCGGUAUUGGAGGGGAAUGGCACGGGAGAUGAUAGCUUUGAAUCGGUUGGAGCAGGGAGCGGGAAGAGAUAUAAGGGUGAUGACUUAUCGAAGUUGGAUGGAGAGAAUGGAGAACACUUGCCUGAAUGGCCCUUACCUCCAACAGGUAAAGGUGGUAGGAAGAAUAUGCCAAGGGAGGAAUUAUUAGCUAGGAGAAGAGCCAGGAAUAGGGUGGCUGCUCAAGAAUCGAGGAAGAAGAAGAAAGAGUUUUUCGGUAAUAUAACGGAUAAACUCAAAGAUAGGGAUCAAGCUUUUGAGAAUCUACAAGCCCAUUGUAGGAGAUUAGAGCAGGAAGUCGAAGCUUUGAAAAAGGUCAUACUUGGUGCAGGAUUGGAGUUACCCAAUGAUAUACCUACACCGAUCGAUAUGCCUAACACGUCCUUCCCCAUCACUGAAGAUACACCUAUGACUAUCAACUCCGUCUCUCCAGGUGAAGAAAUAGGAGUGGAUCUACCUUUCCAUGAUCUCUUUACGAUAGAUGAUAACGACAAUGAUGCGGAUGAUCUGGAUUUCAUUCCUCCUUCGUCCCCUAGGAAAGACGGUGACGAUGGUUCAGAUUCGGAAGGUGAAUUUUCAGAUGAGGAUGAUGAUGUCAAUCCUCCUUUUGCCAAUACCGGUACGAAGACGAAAAGCAAUAAUAAAAAGGGGAAGAGGAAAUCAUCAGAAGAUCAGAGUGCAGAAACACCGAUAAGUACCAUUGCAGAAGAUGUUGAAGAAGAUCUGUUCCUGCCAAUCGAAGAUGUACCGAUCCCACCUAGAGAUGAAGAAGAUCAAGAGAAAGUGAUGAAACAAGCUAUGAACGAAUUACAUGUCGAUACACCCCAACAGCUAAUGGGAGUCAUAAAGAAGAUGGUGGAGACUGCUGGGUAUGGUGGGGUAACCGAAGAACAGGUGGCUAUGUUAAGUAAGUUGUUGGCACUAGGUCAGGCUCAGGGGAUGAGUAUUUGGUAG